UUGUUUUACUUAAAUAUUCGUCUUCACUGUCGUUGAAGUUGUUUUUUUUGUUGUUCUUCUGUCAGACUCAAAACCAGAUAAAUGUUUAGGCUUAGGUCUGAAGACAAAGAGGAGUUCUGAAGUUCUUUGAGACGUGCACAUUCAUUUUGUUUUUAUUUAUUUUUCUGACAGUCAAACAUGGCCUCCAGUGGACUUGUCCUCUCGUGUCUUUUCUUCAUUUCACUUGCGCUUGAAGCAGAAAGUGAAAGCCAAACGUUUUUUGUGAAAGUCGUUUGUCAGAAGUCUGAGGUUGUGGCUCAGUUUGGCUCGAACACGCUGCUGGACUGUGUCGUCCAGUCUCAGACGAGCAUCACUGAGACACUUGAGAUUGUAAUGGUGACAUGGACAUUAAAUGGAGCGCCUGUGCUCGAGUUCUUCAGAGGAAAACAAAAACCUCAAACACCUGGAUUUCAGUUUGCUUCGGGUCCUUUCACUGCCUCAAACAUGAACGUGUCUCUGCUCAUCACUGACACUAAUUUGACCCACGCCGGAGAAUAUGAAUGUGAGAUACUGACAGACAGCGGAGAAAAUAAAGAGAAAGUGCAUCUGGACGUCAGAGCAAACUACAGCAAACCACAGAUUAAAUCUGAUCCUGAGGAAAUAGACCCUGAUAAGAGCUUCACUUUGACCUGCACGGCCCUCGGUGGCUUCCCUAAAGGUGACAUUCGCUGGGUGGUGGGUGACCUUCCCUGGAUAAAUAACCCUGAAGUGAAAGUUGAAAAGAACCAAAAUGGCCUCUUCGAUCUGACGAGCACACUACCUUUUGGAUCCGAGACAAAAUUCAGAAAAUUUGUGUGUGAGGUGUACAACGCCAAAGGAGAGAAAGAAGGUGAAGGACGAGUUGACAUCGUAGUCAGUGAUAAAAAUGCAGGAAAUAAGCCAAAGGAGAAUUCCUACAGCCACAUCGUGGCUCCAGUGGUGGUCUUUGGGUCACUCAUCGUUGGAUUACUGGUGGCACUUAUUUUGUGUCGAAGGAGGCGACAAAAGGCUCGACGGCUCUCUGCAGCUCCUCUGAUGAGUGAGAAGCCUGUUAUCAAUCCUGAUGAAGAAACUUUGGACCUUAAACCUGGAGAAAACCUGACCCUCGAGUGCUCCAACGACUGUGACAACGCCAAGACGAGUGAGGAGUUCACGGGGAUGUAUCUGUACCGUGACCAUCGGCGCGUGGCCUACUACAACAACAACCCAGACAAGUUUGUCCCGUCUCACAGAGAAGAUGUCCACAGGAUUGUACGCUCUGGAGUGUUUGAGAGGAACAAAAUAACAAUCAGAAACGUGUCUGUCCAUGAUUCUGGAUUUUACCGCUGCUCUUACUACAUAAACCUGAAGUGUGAGGCUGUGUGCGACAUGUACAGUGUGCACGUCACAGAAGUUUCAACCCAGAAACCACAAAGUCCUCCCCCAACUGCACCUGUUGACCCGUGUACAGCGACAUCUGCCCCAAUCCUCACCAUCAUCAUCAUCAUCAUCACUACUGCAGUCGUCAGCGUCACCAUCACUGUGAUUUUCACCCUGUGUGUUAUUCCCAAGAUUCAUAAAUGGAUGAACCGCGAAGAAGAAGGGAACGCACAAAUGCACAAUGUUUAUGAAGUUAUGACGAGAAACGGCUUUCGGACGAACCAGCGGACGAUGUGAACAACAACGUGAACAAAGACAACAACGAUACAACGAUAUGAACAACAACGAUAUGAACAACAGCCUGAACAAAGACAACAACGAUACAACGAUACAACAACGAUGUGAACAACAACGUGAACAAAGACAACAAC